UUCUUUGACGUCGUAAAGUUGUUUUAUACUUCACCUUCAUAAAGAUUCUCAAAGAAAACCUUCAUCAUAAACCCUCCUCCAUCUUAAGUAUUCUUCCUCAGCUUCCAUACAUUAAAUGUAAACACAAUUAUAAUCAGUUAUCAUUCUAGUUUGUGUCACAAAAUGGGUAACUGCGUAUGCAAAGGAAGUGGUGGCUCACGAAAACUAUACGAUAAAGAUGAUUUAUUAAUAAGAGUUGUGACACCAAAUGGCGGCGUCAUGGAGCUUCAUCCUCCAAUCUUCGCCGACUUCAUCACCAACGAAUUUCCCGGCCACGUCAUCCACGACACCUUAAGCAUCCGCCACUCCUCUCCGCCGCUUCUACAAGGAGAAGAGCUCUUUCCCGGUAACAUCUACUACCUCCUCCCUUUUGCUUCCACCACAGCCUCAACAGCUCAACAACAUUACACCGACCAGUUAGCAACGCCGUACCGAAUGUCUUUCGGGAAAACGCCGGUGAAGGCGGCUGCGAAUGGCGGCGGAGGAGGAGGUGGUGGUGGAGGGGUGUGGAAAGUGAGGCUUGUGAUAAGUCCUGAGCAGUUGGCGGAAAUUCUUGCGGAGGAUGUGGAAACAGAAGCGUUUGUGGAAAGUGUGAGGACGGUGGCAAAGUGCGGCGGUUACGGCGGCGGAGCUAACUGGAGAGUGAAUUCAGACCAGUUAAGCAUUGCGAGUAGUUUCAAAGACCAGUAA